CCUGCCUCGUCCAGCAUGAUGGAACAUAGAAGCAGCUCCCAGCUUCUUCUGUCCUUCACACUCUUCAGUGUUCUCUGCUCGCCAGCACUGGCAUUACCUCCUUUGGGGACAUAUUCAGCUAUGAGGUUGGGAAACAGAAUGCCAUUUGAUGGAGCAAGUGAACCUGAUCAAGCCCAAGGUUCAUUAAAACCUGAAACUGACAUUUUGCAAAAUGCACUACCAGAAAAUGACAAAUUCUAUCUUGACAUGUCCAGAGCUAUGGAUAGGAAUGCAAGACAUGCUGAUGGACUUUUCACCAGUGGCUACAGCAAACUUUUGGGUCAACUUUCUGCAAGGAGAUAUCUGGAAUCACUUAUUGGAAAACGGGUUAGCAACAACCUCAUGGACGAACAGAUGCCCGUCAAACGUCACUCUGAUGCCGUCUUCACUGACAACUACAGCCGAUUUCGAAAGCAAAUGGCCGUGAAGAAAUAUUUAAACUCAGUUUUAACUGGAAAAAGAAGCCAAGAAGAGCUAAACCCUGCCAGCCUUCGAGAUGAAGCAGAAUUGCUUGAACCCUCCUUUUCCGAAACCUAUGAUGAUGUUACAGUAGAUGAGCUGCUGAACCGCCUCCCAUUGAGUCUCUGAAGGAGAGCUGGUAAAAUCUAUGACAAGAACAAACUAUUUUUUGAGUUCCACAUAG